AUGUGGGCUGAAAUUCCUACUGAUACAUUCAAACAAUGCCAGGACAAAAUGAAAUUCGAUGACUUCAUAUUCACAGACAAUAUGGUUGCCUAUGAUUCGAUGUCAGCUCUUCAUGUUGAUAUGCCAAAAAUUGACUGCCAUCACAUGGCUAAAGGCGUGUAUACAUUAGAAGAAUUGAUUGCUUCAGGAUUCCCACUCCCAGAGGAAGAAUUUUCAUAUGAUGAAAUCCGUAAAAUUUGCGGAUAUUAUCUAGAUACAAUUGUAGCUCGUUUGGAUGGCCAUACAGUAUACCAAACAACACUUCUUUCAGUAUAUGCACACAAAGAGUAUCCACUUAAGAACGAAUUACUUAAAGCAACAAUUUUGAGUUUCAUAGCUCUUUCAAAUGAAAUAGAAAACUUCGCAAACAAAACAAUUCCGGAGAAUUACAACUUCUGGGCUCAGUGCCAAACGUUUAAUGAAGUUGCUCACCCUUAUAAUUUCGAUGAAAUCAAUGAUUUGCUUCAGAAAUUCAAAGGAAACGCGGAAAUUGCAGACAUCAUCGAUUUCUUACAAUUUAUAGUCAAUUUUGCUAUAUAUCUUUCAAAAUUCCCAGAAAUGAAGUUCCCAGAAAUGCCAAAGCUUCCAGAGCUCUCAGAAGCUAUCGGAUUCACACAAAUUCUUCAUCUUAGAGACCUCCCAACUCGUGCUCCUCCAACAAAGCUUCAAAUUUUACCACACGAAAAAUCUCUUGAAAGAUUCAAGCAAAACGUCGCUCUUAUCCAAGAACUUACAGCUAUUCCAUUUCCAACUACAUUUGCCGAUGCAAUUACGCAAGCUUCAGCUUGGUCACUCAAAAAUUUCGAAGCUCCAAUUUUCCCACGUAUUGUUCGUCUGAAACAAGCAAUUUUGCUUAAGGAUGAACCAGAUACAUUCUAUGGUGUCAAAUAUAUUGAUUUUCUUAAAAAAGAAUUAACACAAUUCAAUACUCCGGAAUCUUGCUAUGCAAACAAAGAUUUUAAGCAAAUAUUGAACCACAUAUAUUACAUUAUGUGCCAAUCCAUGCGCGCUUUCUGGAUGCCGAACGCAUUUACCCAAUUUGUUUUCCAUAAGUCUCUUUUCCCAAUUUGGGGCAGAUUACAGAACAACAACCUUGCUGUUGAGACAUCAAUCUCUCAUCCAAAGCCAAAAGUUCGUUCUUUGGCCCAUGAAAAUUAUUUGAAAACAACUGUUGCAACUUGGGGCCAAAUUAUAGCCGCAACUUUUUCAAUUGAGUACGUUAAACAGUUUAUUGCUAGUGAUGUAAUGAUUCCUGACGAUUACGCGUUCUUAUCCUUGGUAUUGUCCCAGGCUUACGGAACAUGGGCUGAUGCUUUGGAGAAGAAGCGUACAACAGAUGCCAUUUACGCAGUUAUGCAGCACAGAGGACCAAAACAUAACUCAAUUAUAACAAAUGAAGAUGUUGACAGAAAAAUUGCUCCUGAGUCCGUAGAAAUCAUGAAAUAUAAGGCUUUAUCUGAACUAUGGAACGCUACAUUCUUUGGAUUGCGUCAUUCCAUUUGCUGUGGCGGAUUUAAAGGAAAACAAGCCGAAUUUUUCAACUACGUUAAAGUCUACGAAGAGAGAUUGCGCUACAUAAACAAAAUGAGAGAAAUAAACCUCAUGAAUCAUGAACAAUACAAAUAUCUUAUGAGUGGUCAGUCAAAUACUCUCGACGACGCUACCAAGAAAUACAUUACAGCGAGACCAUUUAUCAAGAAGGCCGCAGAUGCAAACACCGAUAAGUCCCAGGAAGCUUAUUACAAGGCAAUGAUGCUUGGAUCUGUUAUGGCUCCAAUGAAUUUGGGUAAGAGAAAGACAGAAACAAUUAAAUUUACAAUUACGGAUGACAUGUUACCUUCUUUCUCAUUAGCGUAG